AGAUAUUGCGCUGCUCCAUCCUACAGAAGCCAGAUAUUGCGCUGCUCCAUCCUACAGAAGCCAGAUAUUGCGCUGCUCCAUCCGUAACCCAGAUACUGCGCUGCUCCAUCCGUAACCCAGAUACUGCGCUGCUCCAUCCGUAACCCCGAUACUGCGCUGCUCCAUCCGUAACCCCGAUACUGCGCUGCUCCAUCCGUAACCCAGAUACUGCGCUGCUCCUUCCUUAACCCAGAUACUGCGCUGCUCCAUCCGUAACCCAGAUACUGCGCUGCUCCAUCCAGUCACUCGCCUCAUACACCCGCAGCAGCACUGUCCGGCAGGGAGACACAGGCAAAGGAUGAUGAGACAUAGAAUGGCACCGGCCAACAUGAAGUCCAGUCUUUUCCUGCUGUGCUUCCAUGCUGCCUCUUUUUUUGCUACAGUGAAAGCUUACCGCAGUGCCCUGAAUGAUUACCAGCGCUCCAAGGGACUGGAGUUAGUGCACAUGAACGAAGGAGGGGUGAAGCAAGAGAUACUCGCGGACAUUCAGAUAUGUGCUAAGCAGUGCUCUGACCUUCUGGACUGCCGAUCUUUUGAUUAUAACUGGAAGAGCCAAAGCUGCCGCCUGCUCCCUUGGACACAGAAUUUUGCCAAUGUUCUUCUGCAGAGAAAUGUGCAAUAUGACUUGUACCAGAAGAAAGACUACAUCCGUGACUGUGUGGUGGGCCAUGGGAUCACAUACCGAGGGACAGUGUCAAAAACUAAGAAUGGAAGGACCUGCCAACACUGGCGGCUGAAAUUCCCCCAUGAUCACAAGUUCUCGCCAACACAUUGGCCAGAAUUGGAAGAAAACUACUGUCGAAACCCCGAUUCUGACCCUGAAGGGCUUUGGUGUUACACAACUGACAAAAAUAUCAGACACCAGUAUUGUGGUAUCAAAAAGUGUGAGGAUGCUGUCUGCCUUACCUGUAAUGGAGAGGAUUACCGGGGAUCAGUGGACAGGACUGAAUCUGGAAAAGAGUGCCAGCGAUGGGAUUUACAGGCACCCCACACACAUCCUUACAAGCCAGAGAAGUACCCUGACAAAUCUCUGGAUGAUAAUUAUUGCCGAAAUCCGGAUAGCUCAGAACGCCCAUGGUGUUACACUACGGAUCCCAAUGUGGAGAAAGAGUUCUGCCAGAUCACUAAGUGCAGUAAGAUCAUGGAAGUGGAGGGGGAGCAGGGUAUAACCUGGGAUUGGGCAGCAGAGAAGCAGCGAUUGCCUAACGUCGAAACAACAAGCACCUGCUUCAAGGAACGAGGAGAAGGUUACAGAGGGAAGGCAAAUACGACCACCUCCGGAAUCCCCUGCCAGCGCUGGGACUCGCAGACCCCUCACGUGCAUCGCUUCUUACCUGAAAAAUACCCUUGCAAGGGUCUGGAUGAAAAUUACUGUAGGAAUCCAGAUGGUUCAGAGGCCCCCUGGUGUUUCACCACACUCCCUGGAAUGAGGAUGGCUUACUGCUUCCAGAUCAAACGAUGCACAGAUGAUGUCGUGGAGCCAGGUUGCUACCAUGGUAACGGGGAGUUGUACAAUGGCCGAGUCAGCAAGACACGGAAAGGAAUCACAUGCCGCAAAUGGGAGGAAAAGCGUAAUGACUUAGAGCUUUCCCUGGAUCAACCUUACCUUGUGCCCCUGGAAGGGAAUUAUUGUAGGAACCCAGACCGAGACAGCCAUGGCCCCUGGUGUUACACAAUGGACCCCAACACACCAUUUGAUUACUGCGCCAUUAAACCUUGUGAAGGAGAGAAAGUGCUGACCAUAGAAGGAGCAGAAAACAUUGUGUUUGAUUCUUGUGGUAAAAGGAAUGAUAGAUCGUCCCAAAGGACUCGUAUUGUGGGGGGUAUGCCUGGAAAUUCCCCAUGGACAGUGAGCCUACGAAAUAGGCAAGGAGAGCAUUUCUGCGGGGGUUCCUUAGUAAAGGAGAACUGGGUGAUUAGCACAAGGCAGUGUUUCUCCUCAUGUGAUGCUGACCUCUCUGGGUAUCAAGCUGUAAUGGGGACACUGUUUAAGAACCCAAGUCCGGAUGAUCCUGACAGGCAGUCUGUUCCCAUAAGCAAAAUAGUGUGUGGACCCUCUGACUCUAGCUUGGUGAUGCUGAAACUAGAAAGGCCCGUUACCUUAAACUCACGUGUGGCCCUCAUCUGUUUGCCCCCAGAGAGAUACAUUGUUCCAGAGGCAACCAAGUGCGAGAUUGCUGGCUGGGGGGACACUGGUGGUACUGGACACGAUAACGUUUUGAAGAUUGCAAUUUUUCAUAUCAUCAGCAAUGAUGAAUGCAAUAAGAAUUAUAGGAGUCAAAGGAACAAAGUGUUGGAUAAUGAGAUGUGCACAAAACCAGUGCCAGUUGAUGUUGGGGCAUGUGAGGGAGACUAUGGAGGGCCACUAGCCUGUCUGACCCAUGACUGCUGGGUUUUGGAGGGUGUCAUUGUGCCCGCCAGAGGAUGUGGAAAGAAAAACCAACCAGCCAUAUUUACUCGGGUCUCUGUAUACGUUGACUGGAUCAAUAAGGUCAUGAAAAUGGUCUGAGAAGAGUGACUGCCCAAACCAACGUUGCAUCUUUCUCUUAGAAAUGCUGUUAAAAUGGAAGGGGAGUACAUGUAGAAGAGUCAUUGGACUGGUGUGAAAUGAAAGGGAAAGGCAAAUACAAUAUUGUAAAUAUUAUAUAUAAAGGAGGGUAGGAUGACAGUAGGGCAGAGUGACUUUUAUCAGUAUUCCCUUCAACUGUUUCAAUCCUGUGUAGAUAAAUAGUGCUUUGUGCACAGACUUUUUCUUAUUUUCUCCAAGAUGUGUUGCCUGGAAGAGCAGGUGCCCAAGCUCACAACCUAAUACAUUGCCUCCCAUUUUUCACAAGCAGCACCUGUUAAUGACAAAAUGUUUUUUUUUAACUGAGAAGAAGACCAUUAAGUUUAGCUGAGAAAUACAUGAGGAUUUUGUGGCUGGCAGUAACAAUAUGGGACAUAGCAGUGGACUUGUUUAUUCUCUGGCCAGAUGUUUUUGUAAAUAAUUUUACUGUGACUGCAAAGUCUUUUUCUCAUUCCUGUUAGGAGAGAACUGCACCAGCCUGUGCAAAAAACUGCCCAGCCACCAUUUUACUUACCUUAUACCGGCAUCCCAGACAUCCCCUGAACAAACUCCUGUUGGUGCAUGAGCAGUAGGGUAUACCUGUUGGGAUUUACCCUCCUGCGCAUACACACACUGCCAAUAAAAGUAAAGUAAGGAGAUACCAGCAUUUUUUCCCACAGGCUGGUGUUGUUCUUGCAAUCUAUUUCACUGUGAAAUAGACUUGACAUGUCCUUUAAAUAAAGGUGCACACAUUUUAGAAUGGGUCGGGUCUGGUCUGGGGAUGUCUUUAUAAACAUAACAGAAAAUGUAUUUUUUCUUAUAUAUUUUUUUAUUCUCCUUCUUUGCAGAGUUAAUUGAUUAAAGUACAUAAUCCAGCGUG